AUGUCGAAUACAUAUUUCCAGGGCAAUAGGAAUGGCAGUCUCGCUGCGCCUCGAGAUUCACUAGAACUCGCCUCUCUCGCCUCCUCGUCCCCCGUUUCCGUCAACGGGUCCUCACGCUCCUCCUCCCCCGACGGCAUCUCCUCCUCCCGCAAGCUCUCCCUCGAGGACGAAGACCCGCUUGCGGAGUCGCAUCUAGGUGGGGAGCUGGAAACAGGCCGCCACAGAGCUCACAGCUCAUAUUCCAUCUCCUCGGCUUUCGACUUCGGGGGUACUCUUUUCCCACUAUCGCAGACCCAGGGUGGUUACGCGCCCCUAGGCACCCCGUCGGCAGAGCGAUCGGGGUUUACAGAUGGAUCGCUGGAGCGGAAUAAGACGUUGACUUAUCUCAAUGGGCUAUCACUCAUUGUUGGGCUGAUUAUUGGAUCUGGUAUCUUCUCGUCGCCAAGUCAGGUCAAUGCCAACGCAGGGUCGCCGGGCGCCUCGCUCAUCGUUUGGGCGGUGGCUGGUCUACUCGCCUGGACAGGGGCUGCGAGCUAUGCAGAGCUGGGAGGUGCAAUUCCGCUGAAUGGUGGCUCACAGAUCUAUCUGUCCAAGAUCUUUGGAGAGCUGACGGGCUUCCUUUUCGCAUGGUGUGCUGUGCUAGUACUGAAGCCUGGCUCUGCAGCGAUUAUCUCUCUUAUCUUCGGCGAAUAUGUCGUUCGCGCAUUUGUGGGCGCAGAUGUGGGUGAUUUGAAUCCUUGGAUCAGCAAGGGUGUUGCAUUUGGGGGGCUGUUGACAGUGACUCUGCUCAACUGCAUAUCCACCAAGUUCGCCACCCGGAUUGGAGAUUUCUUCCUGUUCUUCAAGUUCAUUGCCCUGCUGGGAGUCACUAUUAUAGGCAUUAUCGUCGCCGUGACCGGAUUUUCGGCCGGAGGAAACGCAAAUGAAGAAUGGAAGACGACAGGAUGGUUCGAGGGAACCAACACUGAGAUCUCUGAUUUUGCAGUGGCCCUGUAUGCAGGUCUCUGGGCAUUUGACGGCUGGGACAAUACCAACUACGUGACGGGCGAAUUUAAGAACCCCAACCGGGAUCUGCCACGCGUAAUUCACACAGCGAUGCCACUGGUCAUCCUGUCCUAUCUUCUCGCCAAUGUCUCAUAUUUCCUAGUCCUGCCCCACGCUACCAUCGAGGCAAGUAACACUGUUGCCGUGCAAUUCGGCGCAAAGGUAUUCGGCGCCGUGGGAGCCCUGAUUCUAGCUCUAGUCGUUUCUGCCAGUUGCUUCGGCGCCCUCAACGCAACCACCUUUACAAGCGGCCGGCUGGUCUACGCAGCUGGCAAAGAAGGCUAUCUUCCCUCCAUUUUUGGUCGCAUCGGGCUCCAUGCCUCUCCUUCGCAAGGCCCUCCAGCAGGCAGCCGAUUGCAACGCCGUUCUUGGGCCCGCAAGUCCCUCUCCCGCCUCUUAGGCGAUGAAUCUAGACUCGGCUUCACGCCCAUUUACGCCAUGGCCUUUAACGGCAUCCUGACAGCGAUCUACAUAAUCGUUGGUGAAUUUGGCACUCUGGUCACUUUCUACGGCGUAGCAGGAUACACCUUCUACUUCCUCACCGUGCUCGGACUCAUCGUCCUCCGCAUCCGUGAACCCCAGCUGGAGCGACCCUACCGCACUUGGAUCACCACCCCCAUCAUAUUCUGCUGUGUUAGCUUGUUCCUUCUCAGCCGAGCCGUCAUCUCCGAGCCCCUACAGACCCUCAUUGUCGUUGCGUUCAUCAUCACCGGUGUACCGGUCUACUACUGGCGUAUCUACCAGCGAGACGGUCGAAUUGACCUUCCCAGCUGGAAAUUCUGGAAGCGCGGUUCCCGAUAG